UCGUUAGAGAACUUUUCUCGAACACACGAGUUCCACAAUAGGUAUCGGAAAGUCCAUGCCGUCCAUUCGCUCUCGCGCGUUUGUGAGAAAGCGCCCGCGAAAAAAAUAAAUAACCAAAACAACCCGCGCACGCCGAUUGCUCCCGGGGACCGUUGUUUGUCCCCUCCGGUUUGACACCGGCAGACAGGACGUAAUUUCCCACAAACGAGAUGCGUCGCCUUUGGGCGCCCCUCAAACACACCGAGAUGAGCGAGCAUAUCCUAAUGACCUGCUGCGAAAACACAUCCAAAAGUUCAUCGAUGCGUGUGAACACAGGUUUUUGGUUUACAGGCGGUUGGCUUUAUGCAACCGACACCAGACACCGGACGGUGCGAUGGCUACACUAACACGACGACGAAGGUGUGCGCCCAACUGGUGUGUGUGGUGCGAAAACCGAAAACUCAGCCUGCCGAAAAUCUUAGAAACAUAGAAACCCUCAAGAAAUGGAUGAAGACAAGGGACCUAAUUUUAAAACCCGUUUUUGUUUGCUGGUUGGAGAAGAACCGACCGAUUUGGGUGGGGAUAUUGGUUAAUGAACAACGGCCAGACAGCGCGAAUGCACUUUACGCAGACUCUUGUCUUAUGAAAUCUCAAAUUAGCAUGCUUGCAGCUAAGCGCGCGAACACUACUUACUUGCCUCAGUUAAGGAGGCUCUGAUGGAUUUUUUCUGCGAACGACGAUCGUGCGUAAACAGCAAAAAUGGAUUGCUUGGAUUAUUGGUGAGUUUCCUUAUUUACAUGGCACUUAGGUAAGGGAAGAGAGGGAGAGAGAGAGAGAGAGAGAGAGAGAGAGAGAGAGAGAGAGGGAGAGGUAGAAAGGAGAAGGAGAAGAUGGGAGAGGGUCGGUCAAAAAUCUCGUCACUGAGUCACCGUCAAUGUUUGACCAUGAAAUUACCGGUUCUUUACCACCGGGUUGAGGUCAGCUGAGAAGAGCUUCCAGACGUGAACCGGAGUUUACAGUAGCUGACCGAUUUUACCACCACGUGGAUGUUAUGUUGAGAUUUUUUUUUUUAAUUUUAAAUUUUAUAUGUUCACUUUCAUGAAAAAUUAACCUCAUUCUUCAUCUGCGUCCUAGCUAAAGAUAAACUACCUAUCAAAAAACGCUUCAGAUGUCUGUUUAACGAGGUGGAACGCCUGUUGUGCCCCUGUGUUGAAAACGCGACCAAUCAUUCAAUCGAUACGUACGGCUCAGUUUUUGCGACCAAUUUUCACGCUUGAGCACAGCGAGAGGGGGAGAGCAGCAACAGCUGUUGUAACUUUAUUACCUGUGGCCAAAUGACAACCCCGAAACCGAUUUAAGUAACGCCAUUACGAAACGCAGUACCGAACCGAGUUGGCGAAUUAUUUCGACUGCUUUGUUACCGCCCCCAGAGUCCAAUCCAGGGAUUUCCAAACUUUUUUGUACCAGGGACGCAGAAUUUCCGGAUGACACAUCAAAAACAGACUUCGACGAGCAUUUAAACUCGGAUAAACGAAGAAUUUUAAUUGGAUGCCCCUUGCCUGUAGCCUAAGAAACGAUAGAAUAAUGAAGUUGUAAUUCAUCCAUCCACAGAUGUCGUUUGGUCCACGGAAACCAACAGUGCCGGCUCGGCCGACCCGUCCUAGCGCGGUGAAAAAACCCAUCAGCAAACCAACCUCCACUCGUGUAAAUGCUCCCAAACCUCAGCAGCACCCGAAGGGCCCAACGGUGACGUCCACGGCCAGCGCUCCGAAGAAAGUGACACCUGUUGCACCAAAGCCCAGCGUUCCGAAACCGCCCACACCUGAACCAGUCUACGAUUACGAGUCAGAUUUCGAAUCUGACGAAAGCCAUCCGGCCAGUGAGCGUUCCACGGCUAGUUCGGAAAGCAGUGCUGACAACACCGAGUCCAACAAUUCUUCCUCCGAAGGUGGUGACGAUGAGGACGAGGAUGAAGCGGAUGAGAACAGAAUUUCAAAUACAGCACAGGAAGCUGACCCAAUCGCUACGCUCGUAGCACCUCAGGCUGAAGGGAAGACUCUAAGCACGGUACCGAAACAUGGUCGAAGUGUGGAUAUUCUUAGUAAAAUAUCGCUCAACGACAUUACGGUGCAGCUGUACCAAUUUGAUCCGGAAGAGUAUGCGGAACUGAGAACGAACUAUGGCAUCACCACUGCCGUUGCGUACGGGAAGCAUACGCAAACUGACUCCUCGCUAGUGUCAACAGCUUCACAAACUUCGUGGAUAGCUGUCCGCGAACGUUCAACCUGCAUGCAUGAAGGUUUCCGCAGUGCCCUAACGAUCGAACAGGACGAGGACGAGAGUGGCGGAGCGAAUGGUCAUGAUGAGGAUGAUGAGGAUGAUGCUGUGCAGAAUUACAGCAGCUUGCAAAAUAUAGAAAAAAUGUUUUCCACACUGAACGGGGCACUGGAGCGACAGUUCUCCAAUAUGUCCUCCGCAAGACUUAUCCUACCACGGAAGAAGCGACCGCACAGUAAUCAACACGGUAUUCUACAAUUUCUACGUAGAGCAGCACCUGCAAUGGAAACAUUGUUGGAGUCGAAACGAUUUAGAUUGGAGCCAGCACAUGGUACGGAGGAACAGUCAAAGGUGAAGCCUCUAAGGGAACAUUCGCCGGAAGCUGUACGUUCAUUCGAUGCCGGUAAAAUGUGUCCCGAGUUUGAGAUAAAGCUGGUGCAGGCUAAUGGCUCGGGUGCGAUGGAACAGGCGGACAGCUUUGUGCUAGAGUUUUGGGCACGUGGUACCUACUCGAGGCCAAUGUAUCGCUUCUCUUCGUGGUGUACGAUCGCUUGCAUUGACUACGAGUAUCGGAAGCAUAUGAUGGUGUUUGGAGGAACUGGUGACGGAACCCUCCAGAUGUGGCUGGGCGAUGCAGGACGCAGUCAUAACGAGGUUGUGCCACCUCAUCAAAUUUUAGCUCCGAAACUGCACCAAAACCACAAACUAGUCUGCUGGGAAAUGGUGGCAAUCAAAGUGCUCCCGGUGCCAGUUACUCGGGACAGUAGUGUGGAGAUCGGAAACGAAAAUGCAUUCAAUCAGGUGUUUGGGCUAUUCUCCAUCGGAGUCAUCAUCGUAUGGAACGUGCAGACACAAAGCAAUGGGAAUGCCGGUACAGAUCAUGUACUAAGUGCGAAAUUAGGACCGCCGGAAGUUUCAUUGGUGCAAUCCAAGGUGAUAGACUUGAGCAAUCGCAUCGGCAGACGGUUACCGUACGAUGCGUUACGCACCUAUGCGAAUCUCCUUCUGCACGAUCAUCAUCAGAUGGUACUAUCGACCCAUCAGUCAGUAAUACGGUUGAGUCACUUCGUUCAAUCGGAGUUUGAUCCUGUGCUAGUGAUCAAGCCGGAUGAUUCUCAUUCCAUAACCAACCUGAAGCGAAUGAUUCAAGCAAACGAUACACUGUUCGUGCUGUACUCGAAUAAAACGGUUCGCGUGCUUAAGCUUUGCACCGAACCGGGUGGCAGGGAAUCGGCACAACAUCGCCAUCGCAAGCAAGAUGAUCAUCCGCACCUAAUGUUGAGCGUUUGCACCAACAAAUCCUGCACCAUUCAAAGCAUUGUGCACGAUGAGGCAAAGCGGUACGGAAGCUCCAACGGUGCGGGAGAGGGUCGGGCCGAUGGUGGCAAGAUCGUGCUGAAAAUAGUCGAUCCAGAGAAAGGAGAUGAUGGUGAGGUGGGUGCGAAGCCACGAUUUCACCACGGACAGCAGAUCCUAUUUUUUGAUCCACUGCACCCGCACGGUAUACUGAAGGAUGCGCAGCUGGGUGAUAGCAGCAUCGGUUCGUACCGCGAAAGGAAGGUAGUUUAGUUGCAGUGGUAGGAAUGGAGCAAUUUGGUAAGUAAUUAUUGUAUCACAAUUUUAUUUAUGAAUUAUAUUGGUUUGAGAAAUGUCGUGGAAUGUUGUGGGUCCAUGGCGGGCUUGGAAAGGGUAGAUAGGCAGUACAGGGUUUGCUAGAUGCAACACACAUCUGUUUACUGAAAGAAUUGAACGAAGUAAUGGAAGGGAAUAGUGUCUUGAGGGAAAAGAUAAACAUCGCAGGACUACAAGAACUAGAAACAGCCAUGGACAGAGAGAGGGAGAGAGGAAAAGAUUGAGGAUCACCAAAUAGCAAAGCAAUUAAGGGGUUAUUGAAGCCAUAUUUAGAAUAAUAAAUACUAUUCUCAUAUGUUA